AUGAGCGAGCUUCAAAAAAUGAUUUUUCUGAAUGCAUUUUGGCUUGCAUUAGUCGCCAGUUUUGGCAGUUACAAAUCGAUAGUGCUUCUUGGCUCGUACAACAACGGCUCUAAACUUGGCGAAGAGAUAACUGUUGCUUAUACUGAGGAACAAAUCAAUCUUAAUUUUCGCGAGCUGUAUUUGAAGUGUCUCAUUAUGGUCCUGCUUCUGUCCUUCUGCUUAUCGACUUAUUGGCUGCUGUAUUUUGUUAAUCCGGCGCAGAAAAUCAAGUCCAAGACCUUCAUUUCUAUCGUCAUUACUACGGACGGGUUCAAUUCAGAAGGAUAG